AUGCAUGUUCUCAAUCGUCUCACCGAGCUGUUAUCUGUGGCAGGUUCCAUUUCAGAAUAUAAUUCACUAACUAUCGAUCGCCCCAAAAGCAUAGUGUUGUGGCAUGGAAUGGGUGAUACGUACAAUUCAACAGGUAUAAGGCGAGCUGAGCAGGUUUUCAAGGAAGAGAUCCCGGGAGUUUUUGUGCACUCUGUUUAUUUGGAUAUUGAUGAGGCAAAAGAUCAGAGAGCUUCGAUAAUUGGGGAUUUGAAUACCCAAGUAUUAGACGUUUGUGAUCAAUUGAAUUCCAUUCCUGAGCUUCAAAAUGGAUAUGACGCAGUCGGAUUCUCCCAAGGAGGACUAUUUUUACGUUCUGCCAUUGAGCUUUGUGGGCUUCCGGUGAAAACACUGGUCACAUACGGUUCGCCACACAACGGUGUGACAGACCUCCCGCCCUGUGCAGAAGGUAACUGGCUAUGCAACCAGAGAAACGAGUUCCUCAAAAAGCAAAUUUAUAAAGACAACAUACAACGUACUGUUGUGCAAGCUCAGUAUUUCCGAGAUGUGUACAACUUUGAGGCGUACAUUGAGAAUUCAGCGUUCCUCAAAUUUGUGAACAACGAGUUCAUAAAGAACUUGGAUUAUGUUGACAAUUUGACCAAAUUGGAAAAAUUAGUUCUUAUCUUGUUUUCUCAAGAUGAUAUGGUUGUGCCGAAAGAAACCGCUUGGUAUUUCGAUUUGGAUCCGGUUACUAAUGAGCUGAUACCUUUCAAUGAGACGAGUUCUUUCCAAAACGAUCUCAUCGGAUUGAAGACUCUUUACGAGCAGCAGAAGAUCGAUUUCCUUUCAAUUGACGAUUUUCACAUGAGAAUUGAUGAGGACCAUUUGAGGUUCAUUGCUCAAAAGUAUUUCAAAUGA